CCGGGCCGCCGGCGCCGCUCUCGCCGGAUUCGCGGCGGCUGCUUCCCCCGCCGGGAGCCGGGAGGCCGAGCGGUGCUGCCGCCGCCCCUGCUGCAGGACCAGAGCCGGAGCUGCCGGAACAGGCGCUCCGGCCCCACGGCCGCUGCCCGCCGGAGCCAGCAGGGAAGGGGCUGAGCAGGGCACCCGCGCAUUGUGCGAGCCCGCAUGGGCACGGCGGGGGCGCGGCCGCGGGGCUCCUGCCAGCCUCUCUCUCGGCCCCCGGCAUCGCCCGUAGCCGGGGGGCGCCGCGCUCGGCCGUGAGGGAUGCUUUUGUGCGCGGCCGCGGGCGCAGCAGCGGGUAGCGGCGGCUCCGGCGGGGCCGGGGCUGCUCUGGCGGGGCAGGUCGGGCGCGAUGCUCUGUUAGGCGGCCCGAGCCCUUGCGAGCGCGGCGGGCAGGCGUAGCAGCCCGUAGCGGAGCUGGGAGGGCGGGCAGGCGGCUCCCCAUGGCGAGCAGCCGGAGCAUCGAGCUGGAGCACUUCGAGGAGCGGGACAAGCGGCAGCAGCGGUCCGGGCCGCGGCGCGGAGGCUCCGGGUCCGGCGGCGGAGCGGGGCCGCGGGGCAAUGGGCUGGUGCCCAGCCCGGCCCACAGCGCGCACUGCAGCCUCUACCGCACCCGCACCCUGCAGGCGCUCAGCUCCGAGAAGAAGGCGCGCAAAGCCCGCUUCUACCGCAACGGGGACAGGUACUUCAAGGGCUUGGUGUACGCCAUCUCCCCCGACCGCUUCCGAUCCUUCGACGCCCUCCUGGUGGAGCUCACCCGCUCCCUGUCGGACAACGUGAACCUGCCCCAGGGGGUCCGCACCAUCUACACCAUCGAUGGCAGCAAGAAGAUCACCAGCCUGGACGAGCUGGUGGAAGGUGAAAGCUAUGUGUGUGCAUCCAAUGAACCAUACCGCAAAGUUGAUUACACCAAGAAUGUCAACCCCAACUGGUGUGUGAACAUAAGGACUGGGUCCAGCCGGUCCUUGACGUCUUUGACAUCCACGAGGAGUGAAGUGAAGGAGAGUAAAGAUUUCAUUAAACCUAAAUUGGUGACUGUUAUUAGGAGUGGGGUAAAGCCACGGAAAGCUGUGAGAAUUCUGCUGAACAAGAAGACUGCUCACUCCUUCGAUCAGGUCUUGAAUGACAUCACCGAAGCCAUUAAGUUAGACUCGGGUGUAGUCAAGAGACUUUGUACACUGGAUGGGAAGCAGGUAACGUGCUUGCAGGACUUCUUUGGAGAUGACGACGUCUUCAUCGCGUGUGGGCCGGAGAAGUACCGGUAUGCUCAGGAUGACUUCGUGUUGGAUCACAGUGAAUGUCGUGUUAUGAAGUCUUACUCCCGCUCCUCUGCCGUGAGACACGCUGCAUCCAAAAGUCCAGGACCUUCACGUCGGAGCAAAUCCCCUGCCUCAGUAAAGAGGAGUGGCCACUCCAGUGCUCAUUCUUCAGCAAAAUCCCCAGUUAAUGGAACCCCAAGCAGUCAGUUAUCCACUCCAAAAUCUACAAAGUCCUCCAGUUCUUCACCAACAAGUCCAGGCAGCUUUCGUGGACUCAAGAUCUCCCCACAUGGUGGAUCUUCUUCCAACGUGAAUGGUGUACCUGAAUCACUCCCUUGCCAGAGUCCCGAAGGCUUGAAUGGAAACAAGUUCUCAGGGUCAUCUACCAUUCUUGAGAAGUAUAAAGUGGGGAAGGUGAUUGGUGACGGCAAUUUCGCUGUUGUAAAGGAGUGCGUGGAACGAUCCACAGGAAAGGAGUUUGCCCUGAAGAUCAUAGACAAGGGCAAGUGCUGUGGGAAGGAGCACCUGAUUGAAAACGAAGUGUCUAUUCUGCGCCGAGUGAAGCACCCAAACAUCAUCAUGCUCAUAGAGGAGAUGGACACCCCCACAGAGCUCUACCUGGUGAUGGAGCUGGUCAAGGGAGGAGACUUAUUUGAUGCCAUCACUUCAUCUACAAAAUACACAGAGAGAGAUGGGAGUGCCAUGGUCUACAAUUUAGCCAGUGCUCUCAAAUACCUGCAUGGUCUCAACAUUGUGCACAGAGACAUCAAACCAGAAAAUCUUCUGGUGUGUGAAUAUUCAGAUGGAACCAAGUCUUUGAAGCUUGGAGACUUUGGACUGGCGACGGUGGUCGAAGGCCCUUUGUACACUGUCUGUGGGACACCCACCUAUGUGGCUCCAGAAAUCAUUGCAGAGACAGGGUAUGGCUUAAAGGUGGAUAUUUGGGCUGCAGGUGUGAUCACGUACAUCCUGUUGUGUGGAUUCCCACCUUUUCGCAGUGAAAACAACCUUCAGGAAGACCUCUUUGAUCAGAUACUUGUGGGGAAGCUGGAAUUUCCCUCUCCCUACUGGGAUAACAUCACUGAUUCAGCAAAGGAGCUAAUCAGCCUGAUGCUACAUGUGAAUGCUGAAGCCCGGUACACAGCAGCACAGAUCCUAAGCCAUCCCUGGGUGUCAGAUGAUGCUUCCCAGGAGAAUAAUAUGCAAGCUGAAGUAACAGGUAAACUGAAGCAGCACUUUAAUAACACCCUACCCAAGCAAAAUAACACAUCUGCUGGGGUUUCUGUCAUCAUGAACACAGCUCUAGAUAAAGAGAGUCAGAUUUUCUGCAGCAAGCGCUGUCAGGACUCUGGUAGAGCUGGAAUGGAGAAAAUUUCUGCAAUUGCUGCUGCAGCUGCUGAUCCUCGUGUGGCUGGGUCCGAGCCCCUCCUCCCUGCUGCUCCUGAGCCACUCCGGUCCCCCACGCUGCCUUCUCCUGAGCUUGCUGGGGAUCAGCCUGGUGCCUAGGACUGGGGAAGACAAAUCCAACUGAAGCUCCCCACACUCUGGCCACAGUUUUCUUCAUUUCCUGUGACUGUUUUCAGUUUGUGUGCACCUCUCAUGGCAAGCCCCAGCCGGGUCUGAUCCUCUCUCAACACAGUGGGUGAACGAACCACAUCUUGGGAACAGCAGUAAGGGAAAGACUCUGGCAAUGUUAGGUGGUUUUUUAAGUUCUCUGUGUUAAUUAUUAAUUCCAUUUCACACAGUCUUGGGCUCUAAAUAGACUAACUUAUGGUGUAGCUAACCAUAUUUUUAUAUGAGCAGUGAGGUGGGGAACAGCUACCUGGCCUCGCUUCCACCAGCAGGCCCUGUUCUGUUCUUCUGAUGGGAAUUCUCAGAGAAGUGGGAGAGGCAGACAAAGGAAGCAAACUUCUAUUUGCCUUCAAUUCCAAUGCCUCUAUUUUUAGCCAAGUUUCUACUAAACUUGAAGAGGCAAAUUAUCACGAUUUUUUUAGUGGAAUAACUGUAAAAUACAAUGAGACAAACAUUUGGAGAUAGAGAUGGAAGGAUGGUUGUUUUCCAUCAAGUUUGUUAUCUGAUUUGCAGGCAGGGUAGUGUUUAGAUAAUAUGAAUUUAAAUAAAGUAACUUGGGAUGUAAACAUGAGCAGUGGACAUUUAUUUGUUACGAAAACUGGAGUGAAGGAAACCUUUUUGCUUUAGCCAUUUUCUAUCCUAACCACAAGUGUCCCAUCCACACCUUUCUCCAGGGUCAGACUACCUGUUAGAUAAAAUAAAAUAAAAUUACUUUGGGCCUGUGAAGGGAAAGCCUGCUGCAUGUUAUCCAAGCUAUGAUGAACUGAGCAGCUCCUAAUUCUAGGACAAGAUGAUAGAGGAGCUGCCAUCAAUAGCCAUCAGAGGUUUGUCAGUGCUAUCCCCCUAUUCACCUGGUGCAGGCACUGGAAACCAGGAUUGGGAGGCAGCUCUCCUUAAUCUGCAGUCACAAAAUAGACAAGGUUUUCUCUUUACCGUAAUGCUUAGUUCAAUAGAGUAUGUAUUCGGCUUAAUCCUUUUCCUUUGCUCGUUCUUAUUCAUUGGUCAUAGUUCAUUUUCUCUUAGCUAUACUUUCUACUAGAAUUGUAAGAGAAAGGCCUGCAAUAAACUUUCUUCAUUAAAAAAAACAAAA